GAUAUCGUUGAUCAACAAUGUUGGCUUUUAAAGGUGUUUUGUUAGUAGGAUUGCUUUCGUUUUCUUUCGCAGCUUAUUUAGAUGAUAAGAUUAACGUGGACGUUUAUUUCGAAGCCUUAGAUGCAGGUUGUCAGGAUUUUGUGGUAAAUCAGCUCUAUCCAGGCACAGUAAACAUUAACGAUGUAAUUACACUGAAUUUAAUUCCUUUGGGAAAAGCAUACUCAUUCAAAAACGAUUCGGGGGUUCAAUGGAUUUGCGAAAACGGUCCGUCUGAGUGUUAUCUUAACAAAGUUUACGCCUGCAUUACCACCUUCCAACUGACCCAAGUGCAAAAACUUAGUUACAUAAGCUGCGUUGCAUCUGCAUCUUCUAAGAGUAAUUCCCCAGACGAAAUUAAGGCUUUAGUUAAAACGUGCGCCGAUAAAAACAACAUUCAAGCUGCAGAUUUGGACACAUGCGUGACCAGCAAAGGCGAUGAUCUCCUCGCUGGAUUCGAAAAUCGACAAAACUCGCUUAAUCCUAAGCUCCUGUUUGUACCGACCAUAAGAUUUAAUAAUGACGAAAAUACGGCAGUUGAAAUAGACUCUAGAACGAAUUUUACUAUAGCUGUAUGCGAAUCUUUUUCAGUUUGGCCACCAGACGUAUGUCUUCAGUUCCUUGACCAUUAAGUCGAGUAAUGAUACUGUACUGGAAAUUUUUAUUUUAAUAAACAUAAAAAUACAUUGAUUAAUUGCUUGUUAU